AUGAUUAACAUUGAUUACCUCCAGUGUAACAAGAUGCUAGCAGCGAUAACUUUGAUGUCCAUCGGUGUCUUCAGCGCAUCUGCUGAUUUGCCUGGAGGAGAUUUUAGCUGGAAAGUGACAGAGGGACAUAGUUACCCCGGCCUGAGCGGCGUGUGGAUCUACGACAGGUAUUCCUGCUUGGUGACCUGCUACUACAUGAAGGACUGUUACGUUGUUGACUAUGACAUCUUCAGCAACCCUCCAUGCUGGAUUCAAACGAACAAAUUCACCCCCAAUAAAUCUUACUUGGUGUCAGUGCCUGAUGUGACAGAUUAUAUUCUUCUGAAUGUCGGCGACAAAAUUAAAGACAAUAACUGCUGGGUAAUAACUCCCAAAAUGCAUAUUCCCGGCUUGAAGCAAGUCGAGUACAAUACCGUAGCCUCCUGCACGGAUUAUUGUUUGAAAUUGAAAGAUUGUUUCGUUGUGGAUUUCGAUACCAUGUCCAAACCAAAGUGUUGGGUUCAAACCAGUUCGAAAAUUAUCCCUGAUGUGAAAAAUUUGAAAAGCAUGGAUAGUGCUACCAAUUUCAUGUUGAAUCCAAAAUGCAAGGCCUAA